AGGCAAUGGCAAAUUGCUUUGAUUAUAGAACAAGAACUCUCAGAAACUAAUACUACCUAGGUUGGUAGCUGAAGCCGAUGAAACAGUAACGACAUUUUCUAGCAACUCCGCAACAUUAAGAUGGAGCCUACCGUGCCAACAUCGUCUGGCGCGGCCGUCGUGCUGCCGCAAGCGCAACCGGCACCCGCCGACGGCGCACCACCUCUACUUGCCGCCGCCAGCACCUCCGCCUACCCAACGCCCCGUACGAAGUUGGCGAAUGAAGUGGUAUAUGCAUUGCAAGUAUGUCAUUGUCAGUCUGCUGGGUCUGAAAACAUGUAAACUUCUGAUGGUGCGCAUUUGAGACCAGAAAAAAAUCUGUCAUGAAUGGACCGCAAAAGUUACAUACUCAUUUCUUGUCGCCCAAAGAUAGGGGGAACUUGUCAUGCGGAUUAGACAUGAUCGCCUAACCUGCUCAAAACCUGUGUUGCUAGGAUUUGCAUGCCAGACCCUCUGCGUCAUGCACAAACAGCAUGACACAACUCUUCCAGGCCCAGACAUAUUUGCCCUUGAUAUGGUAAGCGAUUUACUCGAGCCGUUUCACGGAAAACAUGAAGAAGUCACGGACCAACUUCAGGUUUCGACGCCGAGAGGUGAAGGAGGUGUUGCAGCUGCUGCUGCUCAAAGAGAGCAAGCGCAAAUCGACCAGAUGCAACAAAUGUACGACGAGGAAAACGAAGUCAACAUCAGCGCGUUCUUUUCCGAGACCGCGGCCGCGGCACAGCAACUAGGAGAACUACAGGGGCGGGCCAACAUUGUUCCUGGGCCGCUGAAGUUGGCCGGAGCGGGAACUACCCCGCCGUUUAUUUUGCAUAUGGAGGUGUCAGAAUCGAAAUUACAAAAUCUAAAUGAUUUGUCAUGCAUAAGGUGGAUGCCAGUUGGAACCCAGUUUCCAAGUGGCGCAUCACAAACUCUGGUGGUGCCUAAAUCCAGUUUGUAAUGCUGUUUAGGCAAAGAAGACAGAUUCUCUGAUGCUGCUUUAGCAGCUCGAGCUAUAACCUCAAACAGGCUUACAAUCGGCCCCACGUGCCUGCUCUGCAACACACGUAUUUCGCGUCGUGCAUUUUAUGCAUCACAAAUUUUUCGAUUUUGUCAAUUUCGAUCCUGACAUUUCUACAUUGCAGCAAGUCGGCGCCGGCGGUGGAUCCAGCAGCACCACACCAAGAACCGCAAUCUCCGCAGCGGCCGGGGGUGGUGGAGGUGGGCCUCCACCAAAUACGGAGGAGGAGCAGAUGCUUUCCGACAGCACAUCAGGCGCUCUGUCUAUCGAAGAAAAAAACUACUGUGUUAGAAGUGUAGGGGGCGUCUGCGGGUGUUGACAGCAGCACAAAUUUGUUCUGCAUGACAAAGAAAUCCUGUCAUGCGCAGCUAGUUGUACGUGAAAUAAACACGAGACAUGAAAUUAUAUAUAGGACGGCAUGGCCGCUGGCUAGCAUGACAAGUGUAGUAAAGAACUGUGUUGCGUGCCCAUGCUACUUUGCGUGACAGAUUUACAGCAACACAUUUUUUUUUUGCAUACUGUCCGGCUCGAAGCGAGUUUCGUUUUCUCAACAAGACCUGGACCAGGCGGACUUGCGACAGAGGAGCCGGAGCGCCGGGAGUGGACGAGUUGGUCUCGGUCAACAAGGAACCAGCAUGAGCAGUCCCUCCAGCAAAGCGGCCAGAGCUUUGGCCAAAGGCGACAUCGCGGGGUACUUGAGUUCGAUUCGGGGCAAGGAACGCAGUGUGUUCAACGGUUUGUCGCAAGUAGGUCGACUUCCUGCAGGUGCUGGAGCAGCUUCAUCGCGGAAGGUCGGCGUGGCCGGGAAGCAACAGAUGAACAAGUCGCCUCAACAGCGGGCGCAGCAAAGUAGACCCGAGGGAGAAGCACAGCAGCAAGAGCAGGACCUUGUGUUCUUGCAACAGGGCGGUGGAGACCUCCGCGACGACGAUGUUAAUGACAACGAAUUCACAGAACAGAUGGAGCAACAAAUGUUGGCAGACGAACAAUACGAUGAGUACGAAGUAGCAGCUCCCUCUCCCUCCUGUCGCAAGUUGUUUGACCAGCUGGUGCAGCAGAAAAUCCACUACCCGACGAAACUAAAAUCAAAAAAAUUGAAAACAGACCACGACCACCCUUACCUGUCGCGGGGUGUCUAUGGGAGUGUCAGGAUCGAAAUCGUCAAAGUUGAAAUUAUAGUUUGUCAUGCAUAAAACCGAUACCAGUCGGGCGCCCCCCCACUUAUCAAGCGGCGCAUGACAAAUUUUCCGAGCACCGGAAUCCAAUUUGUCAAGCGGUUUGGGCACAGAAGACUGCUUUGGUCAUGCUACUUUCGCAGCUUCAUUUCAAACCCUAAACAGGCACACAAUCGGCUUCGCUUGCCAUUCCGGGAAGACAGGCACUUCAUGCCUGGCGUUUUAUGCAUGACAAAUCAUUUCAACUUUGUCGAUUUCAAGCCUGACGCCUCCAUAGUGUCAACGUCCUGUGGUGCAAACCAGAAUACGACAGUAAGAAAACCUAUCCACAAAAAAAUCCGCAUCGUCCCCAUCCAAUUUGCCAUGCAGAACAUGCAUAAAGUCUUGGGCUUGUCAUGCAAAAAACGGAUAGGGAAGAUGUUUCUUUUUCUGUGGAUAAAACUGUCGGGCUCGGGUGGUCGCAAACGAUGGGACGGGAGAAACCUCCGAAGGGACGAGGAAGCGCUGCGUUGGUACCAUCGAUGAGCAACAACUUCGCAGGAGCACCUGGUGUAGUUGGAAUGAAUACCGCGGGUACUAGCAGACAGAGUUACAACAACACAAAUUUUAGCAGCAACAGUGCCCAACUCCGACAGCUCUCCAACGCGUUCUCGCGAGGCGGUAGUGCAACUUCAUCUAGCACUGGGACGAACAGAGCCGCCUCGAUCUCCGCGAGUAUCCAGGCGUUGCAAAGCGGACGGUUUCUAACUCCCUGCGGCACGAAAAACGUGCUUGGGUGCAGAGCCACGACUGGAGGACAUCAACAUCCUCAAAAUAAUAGUGCGGUGGUGUGGGAUCUGAAGACUUUUCCACUCCCAGGCGCUUUGGCGGACCUGAUCGAACUUGACGAGGUUGUAUGAAAGUGCACAACUCCCCCUCCCCCUCGUUUGUAUUGCAUGAACAGCAAUACAAACGUCAGCAAGAACACAGGUUUUGCAUGACAAAUUUUGACAGAAGUGUAGAAGUGCUACUUCGGCUGCCCGAACUUGUCAUGCAGACAGUGCCGAGAGACAAAGGAUGAGUUUGGUAUUUUGCAUGACAAACGAGGGGGAGGGGGAGUUGUGCACUCUCAUAGGUUGCCGUGAAGAUCACAUUGAAUACGACCCUCAAUACGGCAGUUUCGACAUCGAAAACGUAUCAAAUGCAAAAAUGUCUGGGUCUGGAAGGAUCCGGCGAACUUGUGAUGCGCAUUUUGGAACACAGAAAAAUCUCUCAUGCAUAGGUAGCAACAGCUGCCCACUUGCUGUCACCAACAUGGGGGAUUUCUCAUGCGGGCUCGGCAUUGCGGAAGCUUCUCGAAACCUGUGAUGCUAGAGCUUCCAUGCCAAACCUUCUGCGUCAUGCAAAAACAGCAUGAAUCUUCCAGACCCAGACAUUUCUACAUUUGAUAAAACGGGAGCUGGCACAAGCACCUGUUUAGUCGCAGACAGCACCUCCUCCAGGCUGCUGCUCAGAACAACAACAACUUCCGCCAACUAUACUACGAGCGGAAGUAGUAGACCCGGUAGUGCUCCUACGGGAGGCGGAGGAUUAUAUGGAAAAGCAACCGCAUAUGGAAGCGUCAGGUUUGAAAUCGACAAAGUUGAAAUGAUUUGUCAUGCAUAAAAUGCAAGGCAUGAAUUGCCUGUCUUGCCGGGAUGGCAAAUGAGGCAGAUUGUGAGCCUGUUUAGGGUUUGGGAUAGAGCUGCUAAAGGAGCAUGACAAAAGCAGUUUUCUGUGCCCAAACAGCAUGACAAAUUGGAUUCCGGUGCUCCGAAAAUUUGUCAUGCGCCGCUUGGAAAAUCAUGGGCUUCCAACUGGUAUCCAUUUUAUGCAUGACAAACCAUUUAAACUUUGUCGAUUUCAAACCUGACACUUCCAUACCGCACAACUCGCAGAUCAGUCCAGCACCGACGAUGUCUUAUUACAAUGAAAAAUGCCCCCACCCCCGAACUUGAAAGCAUUUGUAUUGCAAAUCUUUCCAAAUGAAACAUUCGCCCUCUUGCGUGUAUCAGCAUCACAGAUUUCCGAUCGUGAAUAGCAAAAAUUUGUAUUGCAAAAUAUCCCAGCAAGAGCGGCGCUUGUCAUGCAAGCGAUGCGAAACACGACUCGAAUCUGCAUCAGAAAGAUUCGUACUCCUUUCAUGCAUGACAAAAAGCUUUCAUUUGGAAACUUCGCAUCACAAAUUCUUGCAAUUUCAGGGGUGGGGGGCGUUUUUCAAUUUGAUAUGUCUUGAUGGGAAUUCUGGACGAAAACAAAUCGAACAAGGAAGUCGAUGGCGACGACGUUUUUGUCUUGCAGUUGACAAGCAACGUCCGCGAAGAUGAUACCGCUCCCUCCUCAUCCACGUCGGGUUUUUUAGCAGGAGGAAGAAAUAAGCCACCCACGACAUCAUCAUCGAGCAUGGUCAGAGGCAAACCGUCCUCACAGAUGAGCCACCUGAAUAAAGACGCGAUCCGAAUUAUCCUGAGUAAAAACUACGUCCCCACCUCGUCCCCAGAGUCAAGAUGGGAAUUUUGCAACACAGAUCCAGAAGCUCUGGCCGUUGUGCUGCAUGACAAAUUCCGGUCAGUAGUGUAGUGGUGUUUGGCUAGUGAAGCCGCAUCACAAAUAAAUCUAGCUCCGCAUCCUGAUCGGAGCAUGACAAAGUCCCAGACAGCAUGACACAAUGCUCCGCGACCUCAUGGGGCUGCGCAUUAGAAACACUUUAAGCAUGCAGAUUUGCAUGACAGCGCUGGGGUGCAGCUGGGGACGUUUUUUCCCCGGAUCCGAAUCCGCUGCUUGAACCGGGAAGAGUUCAUUCGCGAAGACGAGGGCGGCGUGUACGUUUUAACACCGCUGGAAACCCGCGCGACUUGCUUUUCGCUGAAGUCCGUGUUUUCAUCUGGUGGUGGAGCGGCUGCGCGAGGUAGCGCAGGUGGUGCGCCAGAACGGGAAGUGGAGGAGGUGUCGAUGGACCGGACGAAGCUGCUGCAGUAUCCUUGGUCUUGCAGAAGUAUCGUCGUGGUCGUGCAGUCGGGUAUGCAUGACAAAUUCCUGUUUGAUGAAAUGACAUUUGUGAUGCAGUUCUUGCGUGCUACAAUACUUUUGCGAUGCAUAUGCAACACUGGCGAGCGAAGGUGCAGAGAUUGGAGUCGGUGUUGGCGAAGGAGAAAGUGUAUCAUACAGAAAAAAGCAGGCGCGGCGUAAUUUGUAAUGCAAAAAAUGACUAAACAGGAAUGGAAAAUCUGUCAUGGCCGAGCCCAUAGCUAGGUUGCUGCUUCGGAUACGCAGUGUGGAUUUUACUGUGCGGCGCUCACGCUCCUUCUAUCCAUUUUUGCAUUACAAACAAAAUAACCUCUGCCUCCUGCUUUAUUUUUUCUGCGUGAUGAAAUGAAGUGCGCAAAGGCGGAAACUUGGGAACGGAAUUUGCGACUGCAGUACAAGAAAUUGGCUGGGCCGUCGUGAGGCGGAAGUGGGAUGCAGAUGAAGACGGAAAACUGGAAAGGAAGUACUACCAUAUCCGAUACAAAAAAAUUCGAGUGUGAUGAGCAAGCCAAGAUAGAUGAAGUUUGAAAUUGAAUAUGGGUCGCAAGCUUCUUCGUUUAUAACGUAGCAAAUCUUCCGGCUAGUACGGCGAAAAUUUCCAGAUACGUCGAAAGCAUCCCGCUGUAGCACCCUGCUUCCCCUGAAGGUACUUAGCUACAGGAACAAUGGAAGACUUCACCUGGUGUUUUUUUGAGGAGCCGGUCUGGCGAAGGAAUUUGAAUUCCCAUUCCGCAAACAAAAGAGCCAAGAAUGCAAUUGAUAUGACGUGUCAUGUUCUGGAGGUGUCAGAAGGAAUAAACCAAGAGGAGGUGGAGCAAGAGUACUUACAUGAGACAAAUGUCUGUGAUUUUCAUCCUACGUCUUGAAGAAAGUCAUUAGCACCAGCAGGACGGCAACUCCAUGCUGCACUAUCGAGACCGAGAGUUGUUAGAAGACUUAGAGCAUGUGCAUGUCUCAAGAACAAGUGUGCGAGACGAGAGAGGUGCUACUUCUGUCGUGACGGAAUCAUUUCUGUGAAUACUUAAAUGUCAGAACUGCAACAGCAACUGGUUGUGAUUGCAUCCGUGUC